UCAUAUACCGUAUGAAUGGUACCUACUUAUACUUUACUACUGCAUAUAAUGUUAGAUAUGAUGUUUGGUUUUUAGAAGCCAGUCAGGUUAAGUUACUGCUAAUUAAUAAAUUAAAGUAUUAUUUCCUUUAUGAUAUGGAUUUUGUGGUGCUCAGGUCACAGGAGCAAAAAGAUUGUACUUAGGAAUGGAUUCGGUUGAGUUGGAUUAUGAAAGUAAAUAAAUUUAACAAGUAGUUUAAUUCUAAUUAGGUGAGCAAGUACCUUUUAAUAUAAUUUUGAAGAGUAAUGAAAACUUUUAUCUUAUCUUCUUGAUAUACAAUGGAAACAGGAAAUCUUGAGAAGCAAUCUCCUUCACGAGGGUUAAAACAGGUGAAGGUAGAUAACUGGGGAACUUUCUUCCUACAACGACUUCAACAACUUUAUUUUGAUGAACAAUUACUUGACCUUACUAUCAAAUUCCCCACUAGUGAUAUAACUGUUCAGGCUCAUCGCUUAGUCGUAACAACAUGCACAAAUUAUUUUAUGCAGCUUGAGCAUGAGCAAAAAGCAAGAGAUGAAAAUUUUGAUGGUGUUAUUAUUAUGCCAACAGAUAUGCCAUACGAGUGUGUCAAGUCAAUUAUAAGUUUUAUGUACACUGGACAGUUGGAAUAUUGGACUUCUGAACAACAUGCUUUGUAUCGGACUGCACAGAAAAUGAAUAUGACUGUCCUAACUAAAUUACUCGAUGCACAAUUUAAUACUGCUGCGUUACAAAAUGAGCAAUCGGUAAAGUGUAAUACUCCACCAGCAACAACAACAUCAAAGCCUUCAACAUCCACUCCAAAGCCAGCAGCUACUUCCACACCAUCUUCAGGACUUUCAAAUCAACCAUUACCUGGUAGAAAACUUCCUAUUUGGAAAAGAAAAUUAGAUACGCCACAAAAUAUGUCAUCGUUUAAGUAUGAAAUGCGAACAUUCCAUGGGAUUCCCCCAUCAAAGUCCACAGAAGUAACUCCUGGUCCUUCAAGAUUCGAUCUCCCUGAAGCCGAAGAAUUUGCGCUCGGCGUGUUUUCAUCAUUCGACGAUAUUACAUACAAUACAAAACCUAUCGUGCAAGCCCCGGAUGUAUAUAAGAGAGACAAUUCGCCUAGUGGUAAAUGUUCCCCAGACGGAGAUAGUAAGAAUGAUACGACUGAAGACGAGGAGGACGAAAACCAUAUGAACGAGAAGAGUUUAAAAGAGGUGAAUUCGGAUGACGAUUGGUCUAUAGGUAGAUGUUUCCAAAGAGGGCAAGAAACGCAGCCCUCGCCAUCCAAAAAAGUACGAUUUGAUCGUGAAGAAAAAGAAAAUAUGGAAAAGGGUAAAUCAUCUUACAGACCGAAUUCGGAAGAUUCGAUCAACAACCACGCAAAAAUUAUCCGAGAAGUGUUGAAGAAGUACCCUCAUUUGGUGAAGAAUAACAAGAAUAUUCGUCUGAAGAUAAUGCAAAAAGAAGCGAAAUCAGCGGACAGUAAUUCUGCAUGUAAAACAAAAGUUUCUUACGUAGUUUUAAAAUCUGAUCAUUUGAUGUCGAGCAAUAACAGCGAUGAAACUGAAACAAAAAGUAACGGGAACGUUGAUGGCGGUGAGACCGGUCCUUGGAAAUGCAAUAAGUGUGAUUUGGAAGAAGAGUACACGAAUUAUUAUAUGUAUAGAAGACACAUGCAAGAUGUGCACGAGGAAAAAUUCGAUCCGAGAAUCUGUGAGCAUUGUGGCUAUAAGGCGACCAAACGGAAUAUCUUGAUGUAUCAUUUGUAUACAAAACACAAUGUGCCUCCUCCAAAAAGCAUGUGUUUCCCGAAGUGCCAGUCGUGUUCUUACGUCGCACUUUCGGAGACGCUAUUAGUAAGACAUCAGAUCAAUCACAAUCAUCGACCCACGUCGCGUCAACAUUCAUCAACCUCAGAGGAAAUCCAAUGUAUGCAAUGUGCCCAGACAUUCAAAGAUGUCACAGAAUUGACUACUCAUGAAAUUAACACUGGCCACGGGAGUUUAUCAGACAGUAAAGAAAAGGGUCACCGUUGCACCCAUUGUGGUAAGAUUUUUGUACGGGCUACAAAUUUGCAGGUUCACCUCGAUUGCGUUCACAAAGAUCUACGAGAUUCCGAAUCUAAUGUAUCAAUGCCAUCACUUUCUUUAGAACCUUCCUCAGAAGCUGAAGCUCUUAGUCACGUGGCAAGUGGAAUAGCAGCUUCUUUAGGUGUCGGAGACACCGUUCCUGCAGAGUCUCACGAGGUGACUUCAAACGUGUCCGAAUACGUCGUUCCAGACAUGCAAUUAAAUAAUAUUACACAUGAGAUGACUUACAAUACCCAUGAGCUCGAUGGACAGCAUAUGAUUAUGCUCAUCGAUAAUGAAAACUAUCAGCAACAGGAAAAUGAGCCGCAACAACAACCGCAACAGUUGAACAUUUCUGAUAACGAGCAGAUCGUGAUGCAAGGCACUGAAGAUGGAAUGAUUGUUUAUAUUCAUGGAAGCGAAGGAACAGAGAGACAAACGUAUGAGAAUUAUCAGCAAGAAGAACUUGGUGAGGAAACUGAAGAGAUAGUGGAGGAGGUGGUCGAAGAGGUUGAGGAAAAAGUGAUGGAAGAAGAGGACAUGCAGGUUGAACAAUCAGAGAUAUUGGAGGAAUGUAAUGCUGAUCAAGUAGAAGAAGUUAUUCAGUAUGUGGAAGAACAGACUGAAAUAGUAGAAUAUGAUGAACAAUGCAGCGAACAAAGUAAUAGUGCAGAUGAGUCCCAUGAAUCAGUCAUGAUCAUCGAAGAGGAACAUGUUGAAGGAGAACAGGACAUUGACAAAAAUAAUGAGCAAAAUACAAGAGGCUUUACUAAGUGGGACGAGGACAGUAGAGAAUUAUCUGAAUCAUAAACAACAAUAUUAUUCUUACAUUUGCUUUGUCACUUCUUAUGUUUUAUUAGAGUUUACGACUAACAAAGCGCGGAAUAUUUCGAUUGCAUUUCAUUCUAUUUCUUCAUUAUUCUAUUUGUUUGACUUCUGUACAUUAAAUGAAAAGAAUCGAUUUAUACAAGUAUAAAAGAAACCAUGUUAAUCGAUUAUGAUAAUUCUAAAGAUAUAUAUCAUUAUCAUCGAUAGAAAUUAAUGUUUCAUUUAAUUCGUGCAAAUUGAUUUUAAUUCAAUUUCUAUUAUAGAAUACAAGUAUUUGUAUAUAGAACUUGGAAAUAUAUACAUAAUAAAUUGUAUUCGAUUAGUAGAGAUUAUGAUUGAUCGAAUUCAUGGAGAGAGCUAUUUACAAACUUUCCUUAUCUUCUGUAUAACUGCAAGUUACAAUUUCUUUAGAUAUAUAGUUUUAUAAAAUAAUAAGAUGUGAAAUGCAAACGAUGAAAAGACAAGAGUGUCGAUUUUAUGAUUAACUGAUAGCUACACAUGUUCAAUGCAAAUAUUAAAAAAUAAAGAAAUUGAAAAUAGUGUAUCCCUUUUGGGAAUUCAUUCAUAGAUAUUGUAAUACGAAGUUUCAUGAUUAUCCAUGAUAAUCGGUUAUACUUUCAAAUGGAUAUUUUUGAAACGAACGAAUAAAAAAGCGUCUGACCAUGUACUGCAAUAUAGAAUUAUGUUAUAUAAAUUAUAUAUAUAGUAACGGUAAUAUCAGUUAAUUAAUAAUUGAAAAAUUUCUUCAAAUUUCUUUGAGAUUCAGAUCUAUUACUUAUUCUAUUAAUUUGAAUGUUUUGAACAUUAUAUAUGGUGAUUUGAAUAACGUGGAUAAAAGAUAAUUUAUCAAUUUAUUAAUAUAGAAAGUGUAGUAUGUAUUCAUAAUAUGAAUAUUUUGCAUAAAAAAUAUGACUCAGAAGAAAAUACCAAACAUACUAUCAUGUUAUAUAUUUGGGUUAUAUGUCACACAUUACCAAUUUCUGUUUUAAUUUAUUAUGUUGUAAAACAAAGUUCUGUGCAGAAUUUUAUUCAGUUUCAAGAAGUAUUUAAUUUUAUGAAUCAACUACUUCAGCCUACAGUAUCUAUUACAAAUAACAAUGGUGACUAUAUUUUAGACUAAAAUUACAGUUUAAUAAAAUUAAACAUUUUUGAAAAAAAAAAAUAGAAUUCAGUGCAGAUUUUUCUUUACAACCUGGUAUAAAUGAAAAAUAUUCAAACUUCAAAAUGCAAAGAAAUAUAUUUUUAACAACAGAGUUGAAUAAAACCUUUGUAAUUUAAAGUGUGAAGCACUCUUAUAUAUUUUAUGUUUAAGUAAACCACAUAAAUGAAAGAUAUACUUUUAAGAGAUGAUAUAUCAAAAUUUGUUUAACUUUGGUUCUUACUACCAUAAUGCUCUUCUUUUGAAAAAAGCAGCAUUUAUUGAACUGUUUUGAAGUAAUUAUAUUUUUAUAAUUAUAUCCAAUGUACUUUACAGUAAAGUUGUUUAGAAUUAUUUAUUAUAAGAUACGUAGAAAAGAAAAUUUGACAUUCAGUAAAUGAUACGUGUGCACAUGAACUAUAGCAUAAUAAGUAAUGCAAUAUGCAAGAAAUAAUUGUAUUUUUAACGCGCACGUCCAACUUUGGCCUCAAUGAAAUGCAUAAACCGAAUUGGACUAUGUUAUUCAUAAACAUAUAUUCGAUGCAAAUUGAUUUUCUGUACUUAUGGGUGUAAUAAAUACAAAAAAUUGAAGAAGAAGAAAGAACUCAAGUUCAAAUAGAUUUGAAUGGAUUAACAAAGUAAUUAAAUGUAAAGAAAAGAAUCAUCUUAUACUUAGAAAUUUCUCAUUUUCUAUGCACUAUAAACUUUUUUAUUUCCAAAAUGGUGUUUAUGUAUGUGCGAUUUCUUAAAAGUAUAGUUUCAUGUAUAAUUCGCUAAAGAUAUCAAGUAAAAGUCUCUUCGCUGAAGAGAUCAAGUAAUUGUAAUAUCGUGGAAUUUUAUUUUAGUAAUUGUAGUUCAGUUUUGUUAUAAUUAUUUGUAAUUUAGUAUAUUUUUGAAUUGUGGAAAUUGACAUAAAAAUAGUUGAAGUGUACUGAAUAUUUGAAGCGCAGGAAUGUUUCUUAUUAUAAAAUACUGUCAAUAGAAUUUUCAAAGCAGAUUAUAGAUUCAAUAGAAAUUCCAUGUACAAAUUGUAAGAUUCACUAGACAUUUCUUCUACAUUUAGAUUUUUAAUGUUUGUGUUAUUUAUUAUAAGUAUGUAAAGAAAGAUUAGAGAAAUAAGAGAAAAUGCGUCUCUUAUGAAACUAAAUAAUUAGAAUAUUUUAUGAAA